AUAACAGAAAGUGAUAGUCGCAGAAAUGUUAUGAGGAGCCAAUAUCUAAAAUAUCCUGGUCAUGGCUGUCGUUGUCGCAACACAAUGAUGACGAAGAAAAGGUGCUAUUUGCGAAAUUAGAGCGGCCGCACCAAAUGGGACCUCUGGAUUAGCAUCUCGAAGUACUUUAACAUCUCAAGUGAAAGCCGUUGUCGAGGCAUAUUGAUUGAAUAACAAUUCAAAAAUGCCACUUUGGAGUGACCGACAAGAUUGCUAAUAUUGGAGGAAUACAUCGAAAUUGGAACAGAAACAGGAAGCAUUAUAAAAUGAAAGGUGACGAGGUGGAAUUUCCUUUGAUUGAUGUUAGGUGGAUGACGUGGGUCGCGAAAUUUCGUGAGAAGCCUCUGUGAAUAGAUUUCUCUUAGUCACGAUUGCGGGAUUUCUCGAGCAGACAAAAGACUUCCUAAUACUCCUUAUCAGAUGCAGGCCGUUCUUCAUUAUCUAUCUUUUUACGGCUUACUGUUACUGCGUUUCACAUUGGCAAGAACAGCAACGGUUUGUUACCCGCAACAGUCGUUAGCUGUUUGGAAAACCGCCAAUCGGGCAGAGCAUAUUGAAAGGCUUUUGAACUUUACAAAUGGAGGUGGAUGAGCGAAACACACCAACCAUCGUCUUUGAAACAGUUGUAUUCGCCUUGGUGAUGGUCCUUUCGCUUCUUGGAAACUUUAUGGUCUGCUAUGCUGUACGUAGAAGCCCAAACCUUCGUCGUCCGAGCAACUACUACAUUAUUUCCUUGGCCCUGACCGAUAUUUUCCAAGCUCUGUUCAUCAUGCCGUUAUCUGUUGGUUUAUUAGCCACUGGGAAAUGGCCGUUUGAACCGCAUCUGUGUCAUUUUGUAGCCAUCACUAAAAUAUCCCUGUCAAAAGUCUCAACGUUCACCAUGAGUCUGAUGGCUUUGAACAGAUAUUACAAGAUAGUGAAGCCAGCCAAAUACCCAAGUCUUUUUACCAAGAAGUUCAUCCUUGCCUCAGCAUCUGUUGCGUGGGUGCUACCCUUCAUAUUAUUUCUCCUUGGGGUGUUCGCCGCCGAUUUCGGCGUGAAACCAGUCCUGAACUUCGCCACCUGCGUCAUAGAAUUAAGUCCUUUAGCUCUGCCAGUCUAUAUGCUUUUAUUAUAUCUUCCUUACAUCGUUAUUGGGUUCUGUUACUGGAAAAUUUACCGAGUUGUGAAGAUGCACAGUGCAAGUGUAUCAUGGAAGAGUGCCAAUGUGGAGCAUGUUAACAUCAGCAAAACCUUGUUUAUAACUGUCGUAGGAUUUGCAAUUCUUUGGGUACCUGCUCACACCAUGUUUAUCGUGUCAAUUUUAAUAUCAAUUCCCCGCCAGCUGGAAAUUCUUGCGACACUUUUAGUGUUCACGUCCAGUUGUGUAAAUCCUUUCAUCUAUGGUUUUAUGAACCGCGCAUUCAAAGACGAAUUCAAAAAGAUAUUGGCACUAAGAAAUACACAUUAGGAAGGAAAAAAAAGCCCUUAAAUUUCUCUUUCUAUUUCAUGCAUUACGUUUUUGUUAUUUUCGUGGUUUCAUGAUGAAAAAAAUUGUAAAUUCAUGUAUCUUUUUAGUUGAUUCAACUGUGAGAAAACAUUUAUCAGUCAUAAAAUGUGUAGAUAAUGCAUAUAGAUUUAAGGAAAAAUCAAGCAAGAUAAAAUAAUGGUCCCAAUAUACUUAUACCUAAUAUACCUAAUACUUGAUAAUAAUUUUUCAACUUAAGAUCUUUAUUUUGUUGUUUUCAACCAGCAUAAUGUGAGAAAAUGAAAAAUCAGCUUUACUGUGCGACAGAAACGUUUACACUUUAAGGUUCAUUUCAAUCGGCUUUUAACAUUAUUAUAUUUGCUAACGGCCCUCAUCACUUAUUGUUUUGUUUGUCUAAUUAUGCUUAUGGUAACAGAUAGAAGUGAAAAAAAAUUAAUAGUUUAGUUGAA